AGUGAAGGAUGUUAUGGAUUUUUCAUACUUCAUAUUAAUAAUGAGAAGGAUGACUGCGCGACAGGAAAUGACAUCCUGUCUUACCUGUAGGUAACUUCAUACGCAAUGUAUAACCGGGCGAAGUACACAGUAGUAUAAUACUCUAGUAGUACUACUACAGACUUGUUUACAGUAUUUUUAAUGUUUAAAUUAAAAUGGACACUUCUUAAUAAUUCUGUUGCCGACGGUAAUUUCUUCGGUGUUUAUAGAAGGUGUGCCGCAGGAGGGGAGAUCAGCUGACAAAAUCGGAACAGAAAUGGAAGAAAACGCACAACCACUGUUCACUUUUGGAGUUAUAGCAGAUAUACAGUAUGCUGAUAUUGAAGACGGCUUCAACUUUCUACAGACAAGGAAGAGAUAUUACAGAAACAGUAUCAGUUUAUUGAACAGUGCUACAGAGAAGUGGAAUGCGGAGCCAGUCCAACCCAGUUUUAUUCUACAGCUUGGUGAUAUUAUUGAUGGGUUUAAUAAACCACGCAAAGCCUCGGAAAAGGCUCUUGAAACAGUAGUAAAUGGGUUUAAUAAAUGCAAAGCUAAAGCCCAUCAUGCCUGGGGCAACCAUGAAUUUUACAACUUCAGCAGGGAUUACCUAAUGGACUCUGUUCUUAAUAGUAAACACUUGGAAAGCACUUCCGAGUUUCAAUCUGCUAAACAUGUUGAGGAAAAAAACCCAGAGCCAAGCUAUUCGUACCAUUUUAGCCCUGCUCCUAAUUUCCGGUUUGUGUUGCUUGACGCCUAUGACUUAAGCAUAAUAGGAAGAGGAGAACCAAGCAGGAAAUACUACCAGUCUCUUAAAUAUCUACAAGAACAUAACAAGAAUACCAAUCUUAAUUUUCCCCCAGAACCUACAGGAAUGAAACAGCAGUUUGUCGAGUUCAAUGGAGGAUUCAGCGGAGAGCAGCUUGACUGGUUAAACAAAGUUCUCACCUUUGCAGAUAAUAACCAAGAAAAGGUCACAGUUAUGUGUCAUCUUCCCAUAUACCCAGCCUCUACAAGCCCCAUCUGUCUUGCAUGGAACUAUGAAGAGGCGCUUUCUGUCUUGCACUCCCACCAGUGUGUGGUGUGUUUCAUGGCAGGCCAUGAUCAUGACGGUGGUUACUGCGUGGAUGAGUGUGGAAUACAUCACCUUACAUUGGAAGGGGUGAUUGAAACGCCACCAGACAGCAAUGCAUUUGGUACAAUGUACGUAUAUGAGGACAGAAUGAUUUUAAAGGGAAACGGUAGAGUUAAAGACAGAAUACUUCUGUACCCACCAUUUUAACGUUCUGUAUGUUUGGUGCACCUGUGGAACACAAUGCAAGGCUACAUUAUGUCAAAUUUGUUUUUAGUCAAUAUUAUUUUAGUUUCAUUUUUUUAUUGUGUGUGUCAAUUGACAAUGUUUUUUAUUUAUUCAUUUAUUUUAGUUAAAAGACUGCACUUUGGUAUAUUCUUGGCAACGUGCAAUGCUUUGAAAAACACUUAAAUAUUCUGAUAUAUGUUAAACUGUACACCACUGUUGAGUUAUUCCUAUACUGUGAAUAAAGAUUAUAUGGAGGAUCUGAAAAUUGUCUAUACCAAUCAUAGUUCCAGAAGCCCUUAGCUGAGCCACGCUUGCUGUUGAGUUUUGAGCUUUGGUCCCUCAGCAAUGGUAAUCUCCCUUUUAGUUAUGCAUAUGGAAUGCCUACCCUAAAUGGUGCUGACACACAUCCUGUCUCAAUUAGUAACAUCAAAACUAAUGUAUUAAUCACUUGUUAUCUUGGUUUGAAAUAUGUAUUUAAAUAUGCUUAACCAGGUUGACCUAUUGAUGACUAUUGUCCAUUAUUGAUUGUAGUAGCACAUUAAUUGUGAAUAGCACUUAAAUGCUAUUUUAGUACUGUAUGUUGCAGAUCAAAAGGUGAGAUGUGGUGGCACACACUUUCUUGUACCAAUAAAUAUUUAUUACUGCCAUGUCAUAAAGAAGCAUAAUAUUAGCUGCAUUAACUUUAUUAGCUCAUGAGUUAUUGUAAGUAUAGUGUAUUGCACUUGAUACAUAUCUGUGCUCAGGAAUUUUUACUUGUGUAUUAACAUAAAUAAAUAGAUCUUGUCAAAAAAUG